AUGGUUGGCCAGGUUCGAGUCAAGUAUCCAUACCCGCGGAGAUUUCAAAUCAUAUCAUGGAAACCACUAAGCAUUGUGCCGUUCAUUUUGGCCAGGGUCUUCAUCAGAAGUGAAAUCGAUACUUCAAGAAUAACUCGUCUGCGAAGCUGGGAAGUGUUUAAGACCAACGUUGAGGCUCAGGCCAAGCCGGAAGGAUCAAUCCUGGCUCAGCUAGUACUGAGCCUCAACACGAACCAGCAGGGGAGCUGCACGUCGGAGUUAUUCCCACGAGAAAACACCCUAGAAGCAUUAGUAAGGCAGAGAAAAGCUUACGGUGGAGAUGACGGCCGAAUUAUGUCGCUGAUAAGUGGAGUGAUUGUCAUGGCGGCCGGAAGAAUUCCGUUAGCGAACUCCACCAACUUCAGCUCGCAACGUGGUAAAAACGAGGCUAUCAAGAGUCAUGUUCAUACUGCUGUUGGUUUCAUUGGCUCACAGACAUAG